UCUUCCCGCCCCCGCCGCGCACAAAAUGGAGCAGGGAGCCGUGGCUGCCUCUGCCCGCUUGGAUGGCGAAGUGCCCUCCACCUCCGCGGCCUCCGCGCAGGAGCCUGGCGCCGAGGAGAAAAAUGAUCCUCCAUUUCAACUCAAGCUUCCUCCUAAGGCAGCCAGGCCUGAAAAAGAGAUUGACCCAGAAUAUGAAGAGAAGAUGAAAGCAGAUCGUGCAAAAAGAUUUGAAUUCCUCCUGAAGCAGACAGAACUCUUCGCUCAUUUUAUCCAGCCUGCAGCACAAAAGUCACCAACAUCUCCACUGAAAGUCAAGCUGGGACGUCCGCGGAUAAAGAAGGAUGAAAAGCAGAGUUUGAUCUCAGCUGGGGAUUAUCGUCACAGGCGCACAGAACAGGAAGAAGAUGAAGAACUGUUAUCAGAAAGUCGAAAAACAUCGAACGUGUGCAUUCGAUUUGAGGAGUCUCCUUCAUAUGUGAAAGGAGGAACGCUAAGAGAUUAUCAAGUCAGAGGUCUGAACUGGAUGAUCUCACUGUAUGAAAAUGGCGUUAAUGGCAUUCUGGCAGAUGAAAUGGGUCUUGGUAAGACUCUGCAAACAAUAGCAUUGUUGGGCUAUCUGAAGCAUUAUCGAAACAUUCCCGGGCCACAUAUGGUCCUGGUUCCAAAAUCAACUCUGCACAACUGGAUGAAUGAAUUUAAACGCUGGGUUCCUUCAUUACGUGCCGUUUGCCUUAUUGGAGAUAAAGAUGCCAGGGCUGCUUUUAUCCGCGAUGUUAUGAUGCCUGGUGAGUGGGAUGUUUGUGUUACAUCAUAUGAGAUGGUCAUUAAAGAGAAAUCAGUCUUCAAAAAAUUUAACUGGAGGUACCUCGUAAUUGAUGAAGCACACAGAAUAAAGAAUGAGAAGUCUAAGCUGUCAGAGAUUGUCCGGGAGUUCAAGACAACAAACAGAUUGCUGCUUACAGGGACUCCUUUACAGAAUAACCUCCAUGAACUGUGGGCAUUGCUUAAUUUUCUUCUACCUGAUGUCUUUAAUUCUGCAGAUGAUUUUGACUCAUGGUUUGAUACCAAAAAUUGUCUUGGUGAUCAGAAACUUGUAGAAAGACUUCAUGCUGUUUUGAAGCCAUUUUUAUUGCGUCGCAUAAAGGCUGAAGUUGAAAAGAGUUUGCCUCCAAAGAAAGAAGUAAAAAUUUAUCUUGGACUCAGCAAAAUGCAGAGGGAAUGGUAUACAAGGAUCUUGAUGAAAGAUAUUGAUAUCCUAAAUUCAGCUGGGAAAAUGGAUAAGAUGCGUCUGCUGAACAUUCUGAUGCAGUUACGGAAAUGCUGUAACCAUCCGUACCUGUUUGAUGGUGCUGAGCCCGGCCCUCCUUACACCACUGACACACAUCUCAUCACUAACAGUGGUAAAAUGUUAGUUCUGGAUAAACUGCUGGCAAAACUCAGAGAGCAAGGCUCCAGAGUGCUGCUUUUCAGUCAGAUGACCCGUUUAUUGGAUAUUUUGGAAGACUAUUGCAUGUGGCGUGGGUACGAGUACUGCCGACUCGAUGGGCAGACGCCACAUGAAGAAAGAGAGGAAGCAAUAGAUACCUUCAAUGCUCCCAACAGCAGUAAAUUCAUUUUCAUGUUGAGUACCAGAGCUGGGGGUCUAGGAAUUAAUUUGGCAACUGCUGAUGUGGUUAUCUUGUAUGAUUCAGAUUGGAACCCUCAAGUAGAUCUGCAAGCCAUGGAUCGUGCGCAUCGUAUUGGUCAAAAGAAACCAGUACGGGUGUUCCGCCUUAUCACUGAUAAUACUGUUGAAGAGAGGAUUGUAGAAAGAGCUGAAAUAAAACUGAGGCUGGACUCUAUAGUUAUACAACAAGGGAGGCUCAUAGACCAGCAGUCUAACAAAUUGGCAAAAGAUGAAAUGCUGCAAAUGAUCCGGCAUGGAGCCACUCAUGUCUUUGCUUCCAAAGACAGUGAGCUGACAGAAGAAGACAUAACCACUAUUUUAGAAAGAGGAGAAAAGAAGACAGCUGAAAUGAAUGAACGACUGCAGAAAAUGGGGGAGAGCUCUUUAAGAAAUUUCACUAUGGACACAGAGAUGAGCUUAUACAACUUUGAAGGUGAAGAUUAUAGAGAAAAACAAAAGCUGAGCAUGAUGGAAUGGAUAGAGCCUCCUAAACGAGAACGCAAAGCUAAUUACGCAGUUGAUGCGUAUUUCAGAGAAGCCCUGCGUGUUAGUGAACCCAAAGUCCCAAAGGCUCCACGACCUCCAAAACAGCCAAAUAUUCAGGAUUUCCAGUUUUUCCCACCGCGGUUAUUUGAACUUCUGGAAAAAGAAAUUCUGUAUUAUCGUAAGACGAUAGGGUAUAAGGUUCCCAGGAAUCCUGACCUCCCCAAUGCAGCUCAGGUGCAAAAAGAAGAACAAAAGAAGAUAGAUGAGUCUAUGCCUCUGAAUCCUGAAGAAACUGAAGAGAAAGAGAAACUACUAACGCAGGGUUUUACAAACUGGAAUAAGAGGGAUUUUAAUCAGUUUAUUAAAGCUAAUGAGAAAUAUGGCCGUGAUGAUAUAGAUAAUAUUGCCCGUGAGGUGGAGGGAAAAUCGCCUGAGGAGGUCAUUGAGUACUCAGCUGUUUUCUGGGAACGUUGCAAUGAACUGCAGGACAUUGAGAGAAUUAUGGCUCAAAUUGAACGAGGAGAGGCAAGAAUUCAACGGAGGAUCAGUAUCAAGAAAGCCCUUGAUGCCAAAAUCGCGAGGUAUAAAGCACCUUUUCAUCAGUUGCGUAUUCAGUAUGGAACAAACAAAGGGAAAAAUUACACAGAGGAGGAAGACAGAUUUUUGAUCUGCAUGUUGCACAAGAUGGGCUUUGACAAAGAAAAUGUGUAUGAGGAAUUAAGGCAGUGUGUGCGCAACGCUCCUCAGUUCAGAUUUGACUGGUUCAUCAAAUCCAGAACAGCAAUGGAGUUUCAGAGACGCUGCAAUACUCUCAUAUCUUUAAUAGAGAAAGAAAACAUGGAAAUUGAGGAAAAAGAAAGAGCUGAAAAGAAGAAAAGAGGAGCGAAAGUCACAUCGUCACAAAAGAGAAAAGCAGACCUGGCUGCUGAAAACUCUGGAAAGAAAGAUGCUAAGAAAGUUAAAUCGUGAACUUGGAAAACAAAUUCAGAAUAUAAAGCUGUCUCUUUCUUCUCUUCAUCUACAAGUAUUAAUUGCCAACUUCUCUGUAUUCAUGGUACCCACCCACAAAUCCCUUGGCUUAAUUUUGCAAUUUUGUAUAUUUUACAAUGUCAUUCUUUACCUAGAAUGUGUAGCUUUAUAUUUUAUGCAUUCCAGUAUUUUUGUGUAUUGUAUUUUGUGAAAUCAUGUCUUCAGCAAAAGUCACUCAGUCCUUGUUUUUUUUUUAAGCUUGUGCUGAGGUUUUAGCUUUUAUAUGUUUUAUAUGCUGCUGCUUUGAAAGAAGAACUAGAUUCUAUAGCUGUAUUAUUGUUGUUUCAUAUUUUAAAUUUAUAUGGCUGUGGGAAAAUAAAAUUAUUUGAACAGAAACAUACUUCAUCUUCGUUUUCCCUCCCCUCUUUUCUGCAUAGCCUCAUUUAAAGUGAAUGUUAAGGUUUGUAUAAUUGUGCCUUCAUCAUCAAUCAGAUUUUUUUUUUUUUUUUUUUUUUGGAGUAUAUAGACAGCAUCAGGAGCAUGACAAAACAAAAUCUAAUGAAGCUGAUGUCAUUGUUUGGUGUCAGAAUCAGAUGGGUGUUUUUCUCAGAAGUACUCCGAAGGAAAUGCUGCAGAUAAGUUUUUCUGUUUUCCUAGUCACUGGUUUCUAUUAGGCUGCAUGUGUGCUUAAGCACAGGGUGAAGUGUUUCCUGGAAUGACCUCCAGAUCAAACCUUUUCUAUGCCUCAUGAAUGGAAGUGUACAACUAGUAGCUUCGUUAAGUAGCAAACAAAACUCCUCUCUUGGUUGGUAGGCUGCUCAGAUAUGAUGCCUUGUGCUAGAUGACCUGUUGCUGUAAUUAGCUCUUAAUUCUUUCUCCUUUCACCUUUGAUUCAGCACGUCAGUCAGAAGCAAUGGGGAUAUGCUAUGGAGUGCUCCUUUUUAGUAUUUCCAUUUUAAUGAGGGGAUGAAAGUGUUGGAUGUACCUUUUCUUUGUGAGAAUGGCCUUUAUUAAGCAGGUUCAUAGUUUCUGCUCACCUUGGAGUCUCUGCCUUUCUCAGAUAAGUAGAACAGUGACUGUGACAUCUAAUGUUUUACUUUAAUCUUCUGUCUCUGAUCUGGUGUUUAGUAUGGACCUUGCCACAGCAACACAUGACCUUAUAAUGUCAAGUCUAGAUUAAUGCAGUGUGCUUUACAUGGUACCUUCCUUGAAGAUGUGUAAGUUUCUUCUAGUGCAGUUUGCUUCCUUCGUGAGUUGUUUGAGAUGAUAAUGUUGCCUUGUAUUUCAUGCUUUUGUUGGCUACUUUCUUCUGAAUUUUGUAAAACUUAAGCUUUAAUAAAAACUUACUGAGUUCUAGGACAGAGUUCUGUCCACAUUUUUGUGUUAAUUAAAAUCUGCUGGAAUGUGUCUGAGGCUUUCUGGGAUUAAUGUCUGUACACUUGAUGAACGAUUACCAGUCUUUCCUGAUGGUCUGCGUAGAAGGUUUUGUACGAAAA